GUCCCCCGGGACAUGUCCUGAGGCGCCGGAACGGCCUGCGCGAACCGGCGGCUCCGCGCCCGGCGGAGCGUGCGCCCCGAGAGAAUCAGAAUGACGAAGAAAAGGAAACGCCAAGAAGAUUUCCAGAAAGUGAAAUUGAAAGUUGGGAAAAAAAAGCCGAAGCUAGAAAAUGCAACUGACACCACUUUCAAAACCAAGACCAUACAAAUUCCUGAACAACUUAAAGAAGAUGGAAUGCUUCCGACACAAAACAGAAAGCUUAACAUAAAGGAUCUGCUUUCACAGAUGCACCAUUACAGUGCUGGAGUUAAGCAAAACGCUCUUCUUGGGCUCAAAGAACUUCUGUCUCAGUAUCCAUUUAUAGUUGAUGCACACCUUUCAAGUAUAGUAAGUGAAGUUGCAGCUGUGUUUACAGACAAAGACUCUGGCGUUAGAGGAGCAGCCGUUCAGCUGCUUCAGUUCUUGGCUUCAAAGGUGAGAGCCGAACAGAUUGCCCCGUUUUUCCCUUUGGUAAGUGCCCACCUCUCCAGUGCCAUGACUCAUAUCAGCGAGGGAAUUCAGGAAGAUUCCUUGAAAGUCCUGGAUGUUUUGUUGGAACAGUACCCAGCCCUUCUGACUGACCGCAGUAGUAUCUUGUUGAAGAAUUUUGUAGAGCUUAUUUCUCACCAGCAGCUGUCGAAAAGGAUGAAAAGUAGAGAGAAACUCUCCUGGAUGCUCUCUGUUAACCCGAAUCGCAGAGUGACUUCUCAGCAGUGGAGGCUGAACGUUCUCACGAGGCUCAAGAAGUUUCUCCAAGCGGUAGUAGAUGGGUCCAGUGAUUUAGAAGCCGAAGGGCUUCAGGACCCAAAGGAGAGCCCUAACUCGGUGAGAAACGCAGUGUGUGUCACCUGGAAGGCCCUCGCAAACGAUCAGCAACACGUGCAGCUAUAUGGAGAUGGUGGCUUGCGACCAAAGAUCAACUCAUCGUUUAGACUGAGGUCUCUGACAAGUGUAACGGACAGCACAGAAAAAGGCCUGUCCUCCGCUGAAAACUUGAAAAGUUUUAUUGAGAUAAUAAUUCCGUUACUGAUUGAGUGCUGGAUUGAAGCAUCUCCUGCCCAGUCGGCUCCCAUCCUUGGAAAUCUUUUGGAAGCGGAAUCCCAGCAGCUUAUGCAGCAAGUGCUUAGUAUAAUACAUUUGUUGUGGAAACUCACAAAGCGGCACGAUGAAACGUGCAAAAUGGAACUAUGGCUUCGAAUGAAUUACCUUGUUGAUUUCAAGCACCACUUCAUGCGUCACUUUCCUUAUUCCUUACAAGAAACAGUCAAGCACAAAAAGAAAGAUUCAUGCAAAGGGAACAAGUAUUGUAUGUCAUCCUCUAACAAUGUAGACCAUCUUUUACUGAAUUUAACCCUAUGUGACAUCAUGGUUUCACUGGCAAGUGCUUCAACCCUGCAGACGGAUUCUGGAUGGUUGGAUAUGAUAAGGAAAUUUGUGACGGAUACUCUUCAGGAUGGCAGCAGGUUGAAUAGCAAGCAGGUGAACAGAUUGCUUGAUGUCACUUGGAGACUAAUGCAAAUACAGCAAAACAAAGUGGCAACAGAACCCUUGAUAAAAGCAGUAUUUACCCUAUACCAGCAAAGGAAUCUCGCCUUUCCUGUUCGUACAUUGCUUUUGAAAUUUUUUAGCAAAGUUUACCAAAAAGAAGAUUUGAGGACUCAAAGAAUCAGGAGCCGGAGCAAGGUGCUGUCCCGCUGGCUGGCGGGUUUACCCCAGCAACUCGCCCUGCUGGGCACCAAGAACCCCGAGCUGUCCAACCAGCUCAUCGAUAUCAUUCAUUCUGCUGCCUCUCGGUCGAACAAGGAGCUGCUGCAGAACCUGCAGGCCACCGCUGACCGCAUAUACGAUCCCCUAGAUGGCACCCUGGUCCUGCUGCCGGCCGAGACGCAGCGGCGCCUGGUGCAGCUCGUCUACUUCUUGCCGGGGCUGCCGGCCGGGCUGCUCGCCUGCCUCAGCCGCUGCUGCAUCAUGGGCAGGAUGUCCGCCGAGCUCGCUGCCACCCUCAUCGGGAUACUGCACAUGAGAUCGUCCUUCGCAGGCUGGAAGUGCCAAGUGCAAGAUAAUUCGGUGAAUGAUGUGGAUUAUUUCAGCUUCUUGUUUUCAACCCUUAUAGGGUUUUCCAGAGAGGAGCUGAUGAGUCUUCAGGGCAUUAGAGGAAAGCCACACAUUAGUCAGACCCAGCUUUCACCAGUCUGUCUGUACCUAACUGAUCUCGACCAGUUUUUACACCACUGGGCUGUGACAGAGAUGAUCUGUCACAGCUUGUCCACUAUACCUUCACAAAGUCAGUGUUUCGACAUUCUCCAGACUGGCAUCUGUAAAUACCUGGUUGGGUUGGUUGUAAUACCCGAUAGCACAGCUGGGUCUGUUCUGUGUGCCAUAAAUAAGCUCUUGGAUCAAGCCUGCAUCGUAAACGAAAAUCUGCACAAGUUCUUAGCCUCUUGCUGUUACAGUCUUUUGUACUUCCUGCUAACUUUAGACAAAGAGGAUGCGGAACAUGUACAGAAAAGGGAGCUGCUGUGGGGCUCGUGCGUGUCGGCGCUGGCGCUGCUGCCGCGCCUGCUGCGGCUGCUGCUGCAGGGCCUGCGCGGGAGCCGCCUCUGCCGCGACGAGCUGCCCGUGGUGGCGCAGCUGCUGCGCCUGCUCAUGCAGCACGCGCCGCUCCGCAGCCACAUGGUGACCAACGAACUGCUCGUGCAGCAGAUCAUCAAGGACAUCAUGACACUGAAGAGUGGUGACGUGCAGGAGCAGUGGCUGACAGACCUCCACUACUGUUUCAACAUCUACCUGGCCUCUCAUUCCCAGGGCCCUGGCCCUGUAAACACGGUGUAUUAAAGAGGUGGAACUACAUUACUGUAAAGCAUUUAUUUCUGUUUUGUUUUGAAUAGAAGAUGUUGGAACAAAGCUUGUCAUUUUUUGUAAGCGACACUCGGAAUAAAGAUUUUACA